UAGCUGUUGAUCCGUACGGUUCAUCCAACGUUCGCGGGUUGCUAUUCGGUGUGUGUUUUCUGUUGUAGUGGGCUGCCUCGAGGGGGAGCAGCCAGGAAUAGAAGGCCUAUAAUUUGUUUAUAUGGUUCUGUGGUCCGGGUGCAGUUCAGUGAGGGAUUGGGUGAGCGUGGCGCGCGCGGUGUGAUUCUUGGAAGCUGGGACGAGUCCGGUGCAGUUUGCUACAGCACUACAUUUUGGGUGUUGCUCCAGUUUCUGCAGUUCAAACAAUCAAGUGCGUUGAGGAAUGAUUAGAAACGCGGGAAGAAAGUGAGACAAGUACAUUGCGUUGGAUGCAGUCGUUGCGUACCAACUUGUAGGUGGUAAGGCAGGCAGAUCUGGGCAUCCGUGUGAAGGCGCGUGCUGAUCGAUUCCCCUCUAAGGGCACCCAUGUGUGGUAACUUGAGCGAGUGCAGCGGCAGUGGAUUGUUUACAGUGAGCCUGCUCGAGUCCAGCGUAGACUAAUAAUAGCCGCUGUAGCGUAAACAUGUAGCAUCGCUGUCUGAGCAGGAGUGCAUUAUGGAUUGUGGUGUACUUCCGUGUGGAUUUUACGCUUUGAUGAGUUCACCGGUUGGUGAAAUCAUGUGGUAGCAAUUCCACAAUCGUACGGUUUGCUGUGCAUACGUUUGGGAUUUUGGAGAAAGAAGAACCAAGUUUGAGAAAAAAAACGGAACCGAAAAUUGGCGUUUUAGUGCGGUCAAGGGAAGUGUAUUGUUCGGCUCUGUUGUGGUUACGAGAGUGAAGUGAGAACAAACAACAAGCAAUACAGGGAUAUCCUGUCGUUGUUUGCGGUGACUCGGAGCCUGUUACUGCAGAAAACUCCCACGCUGGGCCCCGCCUCGUCCAGCGAGCUGAGCCCGGUUACCAAGGGAGCCACAGUUGCUCCAGAUUGUGAAUUGCAAACAGCAACAACAUCAAAGAGAAGUGUUUCGUGUGAGCCGUCCGGGUUCAGUUCUGCGGCUUGAAGUAUGUUGUUCCAGCACUUGUUCGUGCAAGUUUACUUUUGUGUUUUACACAAUCUCUCAUUGCCCUAGUUCAGCGUUGUCCGCGGAAGUGAGAAGAAGCUGAAUGUGAACCGCCCAGCAGUUGGCCUUUCACCUCACCAACGAACCCGCUGCGGGUGUUCUAAUUCCCAAGGCCGAGGGAACCCUUUCCGCUUCCCAAUCUGCCGGUAUCCGUGUCUUAUUCAGCGAAACAAUAGAGCUAUUGUCACAUUCACUGUCAUUUUUUUUUUGCGUGCUGCGGUUUUCUCCUCGUUAUCUUGAGUGAUCCUAAUUUGGGACUGAUGAGAACAUCUCUCGAGUGCAUUAAUUAAAAUUGGGCAAAACAAUAGCCCCCAGUGAAACUGAAUUCCUCGGAAUCUUUCGGGCGCAUCGCACCAUCUGGGCGUUAAUUGAAGUGAAGGAUUUCUUCAUAAGUCCAAUUAAACAAUAGCAGCGAAACGGAGCAAAUUCCAGCGAAGAAGAAACCACUAUGAAGAUGGGGGAGAUUUCGGAUGAUGGUGACUUAAUUGGCCCAACUUUUGUGCUGUUUCUAUUCAUCGAAGGUUCGAAACUGACAAAUGUGUUGACGGCUACAUGAUAUAAUCUUCAGGGCACUUCGACUGGAAUUCCUCAUCGCACGGUUUCGCAUUCUUUCAGGACCGGCACAUAAUUACCGCUGAAGGCCGGGAGUUCACUAAUCACUACGACAAACAAUAGCCUUCCAAGCAACCCCUCCACCAUCUGCAGCCUUUCAAUCCGCUCAGUGCCGGCACUUGAAUAGGGAACCGCGAUCAACAACUACCCUACACUGCGCGCAAUGGGAUAAUUCUAGACCAAUAUUUGAAAAGGGCGUAACAGCCAAAAUUCAAUCGCUCCCGUUUUUCGUCUAUGUAGAUGGCUAUGUGUGUAGACAAGGAAUCCGAAGGAAUAAAUUUUGGCUGUUACGCCCUUUUCAAAUGUUGGUCUAGAAUUCAUCAAGCCGCAAUCCGCGCAAGCCCCAAUCAAUCAAUCAAUCAAUCAAUCGACCCCAUCGUCUCCGUCGUCAUCGAGGAUCGAUUGAUCCCUUGGACUAUGUGUGCGAUCCUUCGCAUCUAGUAGACAGUGUGCAUCAGCUCGCAGGUGAAGAAGCGAUAAAUCAACAAUCAAAGAGAGACCUGGAACUGGGAGUCACGUACGCAGCAGCACCAGCAGCAUUUGGAAGAAGUAGAUACCGCCCAGCAGUACCAGCAUUAUUGGCGGGGCGUGAUGAUGGAUGGGACCGCACCAUGUUCUGAAGACUUCCUCUGCGGUGCUGCUUCUUGGUACGGCCUGACAAUGGCAAGUGGGAGCCCGUGAAGCUGCAUAAUUUGAUAUUUUUUCCCCCUCUGUGAGUUGUGUGAUCAUUGUAUUUUGUGUUCGCAAGUGAAGAAUUGUUUGUUCGGAAAUAAGAAGGAAUAGGAAGAAGAAAACGCCUGAUUCAGUCAACGAAUAAGUUCGGUGUUUUCGCGCUGUUCUGUCUAGGAGCCAGUGAAAACGACUCCACAAUGUACUGCCUUUGCCGAUCAUCGAAAACCAUUGCGGUGCGGAUCGUUCUGCUGGAUGAGACCGACUUCCUGCACGAAUUACAGGACGAUCUGCCCGGACAAGCCUUGUUAGAUGUAGUAUUCGCAAGACUGAACCUGAUUGAGACUGCCUAUUUCGGAAUACGUUACAUAGAUCAGGAUAAUCAGACGCACUGGCUGGAUCCAGCAUCCCGACUAUCCCGGCAGUUGAAGGGCGGCAAGCAACCUUUCGACCUGUACUUUGGGGUGAAAUUUUACGCCUGCGAUCCGUGCAAGCUGGUGGAGGAAAUUACGAGGUACCAACUGUAUUUGCAGGUCAAGCAAGAUAUCCUCCAGGGCCGGUUACCGGUGUCUUUCGAACUAGCUGCCGAGCUGGGCGCCUAUGUAGUGCAAGCUGAAUUGGGUGACUAUGACCCCCGCAAGCAUCCGCCCGGGUACGUGUCCGAGUUCCGGCUACUCAACAACCAAACCAAGGAAAUCGAAAGCCGCAUCCAUGAGUUCCAUGUGCAGCUCAAGGGUAUGGCUCCCUCGCAGGCCGAGUUUAACUACCUCGACAAAGUCAAGUGGCACGACAUGUAUGGAGUGGAUUUGCAUCCGGUGCUGGGAGAAGAUAGCGUAGAAUAUUUUCUGGGUCUAACACCUGGAGGAAUCGUUGUGCUACGAAACAAGACAACAGUAGCGCACUACUACUGGCCUCGGAUAGCCAAAGUCUACUUCAAAGGGCGCUAUUUUAUGUUGCGGGUCUGUGAUAAGAAUAACGAAAUCAGUACGUAUGGCUUCGAAACACCAAAAAAGAGUGCCUGCAAGCAUCUGUGGAAAUGCUGUGUAGAGCAUCACUCAUUUUUCCGGCUGGUUCGAACUGCUCCAAUGCAGACCACAUCCGGUGCAGCGAGCUUGACCUCGUUGAGCUCCAAAUUCAGGUACAGUGGACGAACUGAAAGACAACAGAUAAAAGAAGUCCUGGCGCAACAACGAGCUCCACCAGCAUUCACCCGAACGCCCUCAAGAAGGCAACCUCGACGGAUCGUGGACGAUCAACCAGAGGAGAAGAUUUUCGAUGCACCAAAAUACAUUCAGCAGGAGAUCAAGACCGUUUCGAUACCUCAACCGGCUCAGACGUAUGACAGCCCUUAUCGUUCUACUUGCAGCAUACCGGCUGUAUUGAAUACUAGUAGUAGCAACAAAGGGCAUCCUCAGCCCCCAGAUUCUCCUCGGAGUACCCGAAGUGCACCAUGGAUGCGUUCCCAACAGCGGGGACUUUUCGGAAUCAAUUCCAGCCCGAAAUCGGUUCGGUCCGCCUCCACACGUAUGAGUGCCCCUGUCAACAAUACCAAUCGAAUGCGAUCGAGUUCGGUGGAAAGUCACUCGUCCAACGAAUCUCGAUCGGGGCGCAGACGCCGUCACCGCAGCCGCCGUGUUUCCGACAACGAAAGCGAGAUGUCUCGCGGAUCCGGUCGCUCGGGGCGCUCGCAUAACUCCCAUCGUAAACAUCGUCGUCAUCGUUCCAAGAAUCGUCGCAAUCGCUCGGAUACGGAAAGUCGCGAUCGCAGCUAUUCCGGUCAUCGACGAUCUACGGAGUCGAUUGAGCUGGUCGACUCCGGAGAACAGUGGCUUGAAGUGCAACGCAAACAAGCAGACAACGUUCACAAGGCAGCCGUCAUUAAGAGUAGCCAGGUUAUCAAGGGUUCCACUCCGGAUUCGGGUAUUUCGCACCACCAUCGAAGUCGACGGCAUCGGAAGCAUCGUUCCCCGUCGGAGAAGAUUUGGUCCAGCGAACUGACCAAGCACUUGCAGUUUGAUCUCGUCGACACGACCGGUAUGACUGAGGAUCAGCUCAGAGAAAUACCCUACACUGUGGUGGAAACGAACCAUAAUGCUACCAAAAAACCCAAUGCCCUAAAGGUACACAAAACUAGUCAUCACGAUCAUCAGCGGAUUGAUCGGAUACGAGAAUACCCGAAGGAGAAUGUGAACGAGCACAUGAGUGCAGUCAACGGAUCGAUCCGGUCCGCCAGUACGAUCAGUUCUUCUCGGGACUACGAUCGUAAUUCGGGGUUGAUCAGAAUGAUGUCCAGCAUGAGUAUGGGUGAUUUUAUCUCUCCAACGGGAUCGAGCUUGAGUCCGUUGGACAGUUCUGGACUUCGUGUUAGUCAUGAACAUACGGAUUCUGGUCUAGGUGCAGAUCAAGACUACGCGUACUCUUCCGAAAGGUCCAGUGACAGCGCCAAGUACGGUACCAACAAAUCUUCUGGAGCUUCGGUCACCUCAGCACAUACCAAAUCGUCUUCGUCGAACAACAUGAAGAGCCACCACCAUCCCGUGAGUAAUAGCGGUAGUUGCUGUGCAAACACCGUAACAUCUGCCACGAGAAAGCCUCCGCUCUGCCCGAACCGGCAGCAGAAGGUCGCGAUUCCCGGUGUACAUAGCACUUCGGCAUCAUCCAACAGUCGCCUAAUUAAUAACAGUAACACACACUUUCAAAACAAUCACUACACCUUUAGCCUAACACGAAAUUUCUCUCCGACCUCCGGGGGUGACCCCGGUGGUCACGGCGGUAACCAUGCAGGAGGUCGAACCGCUUUUGGGACUAGCACUAGUACUGGUUAUGGGUUGAACUCGUACGGUUAUAUCGACUCGGCCGCGACCCUGUCAUCGACAUCGCCGUAUCACUACUACUACGACGGAACCGGAUUCCGCUGUACCACCGGGCAGUCACCGGGAUUCGGUGGUAACCAUCCCGUUGCUGGUGGUGGUAUCGGAUUGGACAGCUCUCGACUGGGUUCCAUUAGGGGAACCAAGUCCGACAUUGGGGUUCCGAUCCGGCCUAAGCACUACCACCGACAGCAACAGUACAUUACGAGUAUUCAUAACUUCAAUCGGCAUGGUAAUGGAGGUAGCAAACGGAUCAUGAUUCCGUCCACCAAAACGGACUAUUUGGAAAAUUACAAGACUGGAGUCGAAAGACUUAGACAAAAUGGUAGCUUUGUCAAUAGUAAUAACAACAGCAGAACUAGCAACAACAACAACAAUAAUAACAACAGCCCAACGGAAAUAUUCAAAGGACUUCUGAAUACGUCCACAAGUGCGCAAAACAUUGCCAAUAAUAAUUAUCAGCCACCACUUCCGAUUACCAACAGCCCGAGCAGUGGUAAUCUCAAAAGAUCAUCCGCCGGCAAGGGUCCUUUGGUCUAUAUGGAUAAGAAUCAAAACAGCAGGAGUAGUCCGCUGGGUAAUCCUCCCAACCAAGCGAACUCCGGUGGUGGUGGUGUUGGUGUCGGUGGCAAUGGUCCCGCUACGCCGGCAGUCAGCAACGGUACCGAUCCAACUUGUGGAUCCCCGGCCAGUGUGGUCAGUGACGGCGAUCCCCAGUACCGCAUCGCCAAAAAGUCACUGCAGAACGGUUCGCACGGUGGUAGUAGUGAAGGUGGCCCUCCUCCGGGCUCCAUUAUCGGUGGCACCGGGUACGAUAUCGGUAGGAAAAAUUCUCUCAACAGUAAGGUCGACCGCAAAGGAACGACGGCGGGAAUCCGGUCAUCCAGCUUAGAACUGAUACUAACACCUAUCAUUCAGAGUAGACGGGCACAGUAAUUGUUGGCGAAAUGAGUACCGAACUGUAGACAGCGGCCAAACAAUGCCAGUCACCGCAGAGCUGGCAGACCACGUGGCCCCGGGUUCGGUGACGGGUUCGUAUCCGGAAGCGUCACAUCUCCUCCCCACCAGUGGCAGGCGGCAAUCGGUGAGGAUAAUAUAACAAGAACUGGAGAAAUCAAUUCCAUGGAGCCGCGUGAUAGCUAAGCGACGAUUCGGUUCCAUUUUAUAUGCACGCUAAUACCAGGAUGGAACAAAUUUGAGGCACUUGUACUUUUUAGAGUUUUUUGUCAUUUUUCAUUAAAAUUGAAGCUCAAUUGAUUAUAUUCAUAAGAAAGUGUGGAAUCUAAAUUAUUUUGCAAACAUAAAUCUACAAAUUAAAUUGAAAUGAAAACUAUUCAAAUCUCGUUGGAAAAGUUAGUUAGUUACCAAUUUGAUUUUCGUAUUGCACUGUGCAAUUAUGGCCUCUGUCUGUCCAAUCAUUCCUCUGUAAACCAUGAACAGCUUUUACUGUUUCUCCUGUGCCUUUCCAUAGAUUACGGUCCCACGUAUUGUGCAAAACGUAAUCGAUUGAGCUGAAAUUAGAAAAUGCUAUUAUAUAACUUAAUUGGAACGGGAACUUCAAUUUUGGACCACCCUAAAAGAAUACGUGUAACAUAUGUAUGCAACCUCUACUCCUAUGAAACCUAGGGCAUAGGAAACAGUUGAAUUAAAGCGGACAUAAAUUCAAAGUGUUGUGUUGUACUUUUAAGCCUUUUGACACAAUAACCAAAACCCGUCGUGUACAUCUGCUGCAGUUAUCAACCGAAGAAUAUUAAGAUGAAAAAAAAGAAAGUGUACCAGAAAACCAUAAAGUAGAUGUUUGAUGUUGAAUGUUUCUCGCUAAACGCUUCUUUAGGUGUGUUUUUAGGAAUGUUUACUUUUAGGAGAAUUUUAAAUGUGUAUUCCCAAUCCGGUGAACUUCUUUUUCGCUGCACAUGUCUAUACUCCCUCACCCCCCCGGUAUAAAUAAAUCGUUCAUACAACUGCAAUUACGUACCAAAUACUAAAGUUUUAGUAAAAAAAACUACAUUUUUAUAUAUAUGAAUAAGAAGUAUACAUGUAUUAAUCGUCAGCGUUACUGCCUGAAGUGUAUCGAAACGACUGGUAUAUGCACCUCUCUGUCAUCGUUUUUAAUAUGAACAUGGAAUCUUCUACACCUAUGAUAUGUCUCGGUGUUGAUUCAGAUAAAAAAAAGUUUUUAAAAACGCUACUCUUCUCAAUCUAAUGUGUCGAUCAUUGGAAAAAAAGAUCCAAUAUUUUACAAGCAUCUCACACAUCUGAUCGGUGAUCAAAAAAUACAUUUUAAAUCAAAAACAUUACCAGAACACAAAGAUGGCCACACGAAAUCAAAUUCUACUUCCAAACCUCUGAACUGAUGGUACCGAGUGAAAAUUUAUUCAAAUAAAUGAUACACGUUUAUUUACG